GCUGUUGUAAUUCUAUGGAAAAUAUAUUUUGUUGCAAUGCCACACAUCUCGGCCCCGCCGCCUCCACCCCCACUACCAUCAAGUAUUAACAAAACUACACCUGUGGCGUCACCCAAGGAUCGCCCGUCGGUGAUUAAUAUAUCAGGAGACGAGUGUGCAUGGGCCUGGGAAUAUCCAGAGCUGCAAAAAGGAUGCUACCUGAACCGUGUGUGUCAAUAUAUCCCACCAAAGCAAUGCCAGUACUAUUCCGUGGCCAGUAUACUACAAGUGGGACCCACGUGUGGCUUGACUGCCGUAAGUAUGCUGCUCAAUGGAAACCCCACCGCUGCACACAUUCUAGAAGAUGCCAUUGCACAGGAGUACACAAUCAAUGGGGAAAUGUUCAGUGCUCAAUAUUUAUACGAACUGACGCGCAGACAUCUGCAUGGACACGGACCCGGUGCGUGUCAAUUGCACGAGGGUCGGCUCUGCUGUAACAAGGUCACAGAGCUCCUGCGAGCUGGUGGCUGCUUGCUUGUGCCUUACGAUGCUGAUGUCAAUCAUGCGCCUUGCUUAAAGUCUGGGCACCGUGCCCAUUGGGCGCUCAUUGUGGGCUACCUAGUGGAUGCCCAUGAUAAGUUUUAUGUCUUGGCACGUCAUGGAAAGACUCGUAAUUUAGCCGUCUGGUCCCUGGACGAGCUAAGCGAGAGCAACGCCAAUCUGCGGGAGUUUGGCCAGCCCAAGGGAUACCCGGACCUCACGUUCCUACAACCACCAGGCGGUCUAGGAGGCUCCCUGGGCCUCAAGGAGCGCGCCAUCCUUAUAAAUGGUCUACCACAGCAGAUUCUUCAUGUGCGAUGAUAUUUGACCACUUACCAUUUAAAUAAAGACUCGGAAUUCGUUUCGUAUUUAACUUUAAUACAUACAUAUGUUUAAUAGUACAUUUAUAAAUUACACGCCUUACAAUAUUUCA